AUGGCAGAAGGAGAGGAGAUUCAACCACUUGUUGUCGAUAAUGGAACCGGAAUGGUCAAGGCUGGUUUUGCUGGUGACGAUGCUCCAAGAUCAGUCUUCCCUAGCAUCAUAGGCCGUCCUAGACAUGCUGGUGUUAUGGUUGGAAUGGGACAGAAAGAUGCAUAUGUAGGCGAUGAGGCGCAAUCGAAAAGAGGUAUACUUACCUUGAAGUAUCCUAUUGAACAUGGUAUAGUUAGUAAUUGGGAUGACAUGGAGAAGAUUUGGCAUCACACUUUCUACAACGAGCUUCGUGUUGCUCCUGAAGAACACCCUGUUCUUCUUACUGAAGCUCCUCUCAACCCUAAAGCCAAUAGAGAGAAGAUGACUCAGAUCAUGUUUGAGACUUUUGAUGUCCCUGCUAUGUAUGUUGCUAUUCAAGCUGUGCUUUCGCUUUACGCUAGUGGCCGUACUACAGUCAGUCACACGGUUCCUAUAUACGAAGGUUAUGCACUCCCUCAUGCCAUUCUCAGGCUUGACUUAGCUGGAAGAGAUCUUACCGAUGCUUUGAUGAAGAUCUUGACAGAGAGAGGGUACACAUUUACCACAAGUGCUGAGAGAGAAAUCGUGAGAGAUAUCAAGGAGAAGCUUGCCUAUGUAGCGUUGGAUUAUGAGCAGGAGCUUGAAACAGCGAAAACAAGCUCUGAAAUCGAAAAGAGCUAUGAGCUCCCUGAUGGUCAGGUGAUCACGAUUUGUGCAGAACGAUUCCGCUGCCCGGAAGUUCUCUUUCAACCAUCGUUUGUCGGAAUGGAAGCACCGGGGAUUCAUGAGACCACUUAUAAUUCUAUCAUGAAAUGUGAUGUUGACAUCAGAAAGGACUUGUAUGGUAACAUUGUGCUCAGUGGUGGAUCGACCAUGUUUCCAGGAAUCGCUGAUCGGAUGAGUAAAGAGAUCACGGCAUUGGCACCAAGCAGCAUGAAGAUUAAGGUGGUUGCACCACCUGAGAGAAAGUACAGUGUAUGGAUUGGGGGUUCUAUCUUGUCUUCCCUUAGCACAUUCCAACAGAUGUGGAUUUCAAAGGCAGAAUAUGAGGAAUCAGGGCCAGCCAUUGUUCACAGGAAAUGCUUCUAG